GUGCGACCAUGUCGAAUCCCCCCAAUUUCGUAAACCCUAAACCCUAAAUCCGAGCAAUUUGAAGCUACACGGAGAGAGAGAGAGAGAGAGAGAUGGGGUGGAAAGCAGCGGAGAAGAUCAUCAAGCAUUGGAAGAUCCUCCGAGGAGACAACGUGAUGAUCAUAAGGGGGAAAGAUAAGGGCGAGACGGGGAUCAUCAAGCGCGUCAUCCGAUCCCAAAACCGCGUCAUCGUCGAGGGCAAGAAUUUGGUCAAAAAGCACAUCAAGCAGGGGCAAGGACAUGAAGGUGGGAUCUUUUCAAUUGAAGCUCCUCUUCAUGUUUCGAAUGUCCAAGUUCUUGAUCCAGUCACUGGGUAUGAUUCAUUUAACGCUAAAUCGCACUUUGUUCCCCCUGAAAUAUCAUGUUUUGCACAUAAUCCUGAAAAUAAUGUAGGGAUGCAAAUGGGUUCGGAUUAG